AUGGGUAAUUUCACCCUCUAUGAGAAGCACUCGUGUAUUCAAAUUCGCACAUGUGAAGAAUGCUCGAAUGCCACGCUGAAACACUUCAAUUGCUCAUGGUGUCACUCGAAACCCAAAAAUGGUGGUCCGUUCUGCUCGGAUCAAGCCGGAUUACAUCGACGUCGACAGCACUGGAUCGAAGGAAAUUGUAAGGAUAAUGGCAAAAUAACUUAUUGCAAUUCGGAUGACGACUUCGUUGAGAUUGACGAUGAAGAUGACGAUGGUGACACGUCAAGUGAACACACAUCAGGUAAAUAG